AAUGAGUGUUAGAGUAAAAUUGGAUAAUAAAGAGAGAGGAUAUUAUGCGUCAUUAUAUUAAGCAGUUGAUGCAGCAGUAUUUUAAUACAUAAUGAUAUUAGAAUAUAGGAUAAAUAGGAGGAGCUUAAGCAGUCACAUUCUUUAAAAGAUCAGGAUUAUCUAUAGAUAUUCUGAAGAAGAUUUGGUUAAUAAGUUCACCCAAUAAUUAAACUUUAAAUAAAGAGGAAUUUUAUGUUGCACUUAAGUUGAUCAGUUAUGCAUAAAAUAAUAUUGAGGUUUCAAACGAAUCAAUUUAAAGAUGUAUUCCUAGUCCAUUACCAUAAUUCUAAUCUGAUACAGAAGAAGUGUAUAAACUUAGACCAGAAUAAGAAAGAUUAUAUUAGAAUUAUAUAUAAUAAUUGGAUCAUUCCAAUUCUACAGUAACUUAAUUUAUAUUUAUUAGGUCUCAACCUAAAUGGCAAUUAAUUUAUUCAAAAAAACUUAACUAACUUAAUUCUAAUUAUAAAGCAUCAUUAAUCUUGUUGAUCCAACCCUAUAAAAUAAACCAAGAAUGACAACUCAUUCUUAUAUCAUUAUUGCCCAUCUUAUAUCUUUAGCAUCAUAAAGUGUUCCAAUACCAUAAAAAUUACCGAAUUCUUUAUAAGAAUAUUUGAAUUAACAAAUAUUGAUAUCUUAAAAUCUUAAUCCAUAGAUUCCUAAUACACCUAUUAAUAGUAUACCUACAGUGAUUCCUAAAUCUAAUGAUCUAUUAGAUUUUGAAGCUAAUUUCGAUAAAUCUAAAUCUCCUAUUGAUAAAUGUAUCUAUUUAUAUUAAGUAUUUAGAUAGUGCUUUUAAUUAUAUAGAAAUGCCUAAUCCUAUUAUUGAACAACCACCUGUUCAUUAAUAACAAUAACCUUAAUUGACUACAUCUUAAUCAUUUAAAAUACCUUCCACAUCAACAUAAUAACCAAUUUUAAAAUAACAAAAAUCAUUUGAUUUAAUUAUAAAUGAUAAUGAUUCACAACCAUAAUCAGUUGUUUAAUAGACUAAUCAAUCGUAAUAAUAAUCAUAAUAAUAAUAAGUAAAUAUUUCAUUAAAUACAACAACUUCAUAAUAAUAACCUAUAAUUCCUCAAAAACCUAAAUAAAAUUUAGACUUUUAGAAAUAAGUCUUGCUUCAAGAAUAAAUGUUAAUAUAAUAAUAGUAAUUAGAAUAAAAUUAUAAAGAAGCUAAUGAUCUACUUAAUGAAUUUAAAGAAUCUCAUGAAAAAAUCUUAAUUUCAACCUAAAGUUAAUUAGAAUCAUUAUAAACUACAAAUGAAUAAUAUAAAACUUUAUUAAAAAAAAUUUCAGAUGAAAAUUAUUUAUUUUAGGAAGAACUUAAAUAAAUUGAAUAAUAGAAAAAAAAACUCACUGAAUCUUUAAGUAAAUAAGCUAUUGAAAUUAAUUAAAAAUUAGGAUUAAAUAUAUAAAUAAAAUAAGAAUAUUCUAAAUAAAGUACAAAUACAAUUAAUACGGUAUCAGAUUAUGCAAAUUAAAUAAUUGGAGAUUUAAGAUCCAAUUAUGAAAUUGAAUAAGAAAGAAAAAAAAGAUAAGAAUAAGAAUUUUUAAAAGAAAUUAAAUAAUAAAGAGAAUAAAUGAGUUCAAUAUUUGAAGCAUUAACUGCUUUAUCCAAAGAUAUGAAAUCAUAAAGAAAAAAUUCAACUCCUUAUUAACAAAUUGAAUCACAUGAAGGAUAAUAAUUGAAUACAUUUAUACCUUUUUAAUCUGUUCAGCCAACUUAAUAAAUUAAAACUAAAUAAAUAUCAUUAGAUUAAUAAUAAUUUGGAGAAGUAUUGGAAAAUAAAAAUAAUGUUAUUGAUUUUACAAUCAUUAAACCAUUAGAAUAAUAAUAAGAAUAAAUUAAAUAAGUAGACUCAAAAAAUAAAGACUAAUUUGAUGUAUUUGCAUUAUAUAAUGAUUAAUAAAAUAAAGACAUAAUUAAUUAAGUAGUUUAGCCAGAAGUGAAUGAUUUAAAAUAAUUAGAAUUAUUAGAAUAAUAAUAAUUUAAAUCAGAAAAAAUAGAAGAUUUUGGAUUUACUGAUAAUGCUUAAAUAUAAUAGCCUCCAUCAUAGUAAAAAGAAAUCAAAUAAUUGGAAGAUAUUGAAUUUGAUAAUAAUAAAUAGAUUGGUUUUGAUAGUAAUAAUGUUGGAUUUGAUAAUAAUAAUAAUAUUGGAUUUGAUAAUAAUAAAUAGAUUGGAUUUGAUGAUAAUAAAAAUAUUGGAUUUGAUAAUCAAAAUAUAGAAGAUCAUCAAGAAAUCUAAUAAAAGGAAGUAUAAUAAAUAAAUAUUGAAUUUGAUCAAUCUAAAUAAUUUGAAGAUCAAGAAGAUAUAGAACAUAAAGUAUUUGAGAUAAAAUUUGAAGAUGGAUUUGGCGCUAAUUUUGAUAAUAGAAACUCUAUUGAAUAAAAUCCAUCUAUAAAUUUUGAUUAAAAUUUUGUAUUUGAUUAAGGAUUGAAACCAAAUGAUGAAGUUCAAAUAGAUUUUGAUGCAAAUAAAGAGUUUGGAGGAGGAGAUUGGGGAGGAUUUGCUGAGAACUUUGUUUAAGGAUCUCCAAAUUAAUAAUAAUAAUAAUAAUAAUAAGAUUAAUUUGAAACAUUUAAAUGGUGA